GGUGUUCAUAGACAGAGGAGAGUAUGCGGAAAGUGGAAGAAUAAACAACCGGGCUCCCUUUAAAGAGAGCACACAGCUCGGUGGUUGUGUUACAGGUUCGUUUCCAUCCUCCAACAUGGCGUGGACAAAAUAUCAGUUGUUCUUGGCGGGGCUGAUGCUCACAACUGGCUCCAUCAACACCUUAUCCGCAAAAUGGGCUGACAUGUUCUCAGCAAAGGGUUGCCAUGGUAACCCUGAACACGCCUUUUCCCAUCCAUUUGUACAGGCUGUGGGAAUGUUUCUGGGCGAGUUCAGCUGUCUCGCCGUCUUCUACAUCUUGCUGUGCCAUGACAGACGCAGCCCAGAGCCAAGAAUGAACAUCGGCCAGAGCUUCAACCCUCUACUCUUCUUCCCUCCUGCAAUGUGUGACAUGACAGCCACGUCCAUCAUGUAUGUUGCUCUCAACAUGACGAGCGCCUCCAGUUUCCAGAUGCUUCGCGGCGCCGUCAUCAUCUUCACCGGUCUCCUGUCUGUAGCUUUUCUGGGUCGUCGGCUCGCACCCAGUCAGUGGCUCGGCAUCUUCGUCACCAUCCUCGGCCUGGUGGUAGUGGGACUCGCCGACUUUGUUAGUGGCCACAGAGAUGACUCCCACAAGCUCAAUGAUGUCAUCACAGGUGAUCUCCUGAUCAUCAUGGCUCAGAUCAUCGUUUCAGUGCAGAUGGUGCUGGAGGAAAAGUUUGUCUACAAGCAUGAUGUGCAUCCUCUUCGAGCCGUUGGAACUGAAGGUUUGUUUGGUUUUGUCGUCCUUUCCCUGCUGCUCAUCCCCAUGUACUUCAUCCACGUCGGGAACUUCAGCGACAAUCCUCGGCAGGUCCUGGAGGACGCGCUGGACGCCUUCUGUCAGAUUGGAUACAAGCCCCUCAUCCUUUUGGCUCUCCUGGGCAACACGGUCAGCAUCGCCUUCUUCAACUUCGCCGGGAUCAGCGUCACCAAGGAGAUCAGCGCCACCACCCGGAUGGUGUUGGACAGCCUGCGUACGCUGGUCAUCUGGGUGGUGAGCCUGGCGCUGGGCUGGGAGCAGUUUCACGGCCUGCAGGUUCUGGGAUUUGUGGUCCUGCUGACAGGCACGGCGCUCUACAACGGACUGCACCGCCCCCUGCUGGCCAGGAUACCGUGGUGCGCCGCCAGGAUGAACCUGGACGAUGAAGGCAGCGAUGCGGAAAGAGAGAGACUGCUGAACGAUGGAAGGGUGCUGGCCAGUGAAGACACAUAAACUGAGCUGAAACACUCAGCAAAAAUAGUUCCACAGAAACUGCAGCUCUUAUAAAUGCUGUCAGACGUUUUUUACGCAUUUUCUGUUCAUGCCUCAGGUUUUUACUGAUCUCAUAAAAUGCUGUAGUAUGAAACUACUUUUAAAAGUAAUACUUUAACAUUUUGGGGGGGAAAAAAACUUUCUUUUCUUGCAGAGAACUUAAAAAGUUUACUGACAACACUUUCUUAAAGGCGAAUCAAUUUGACUUCAUACAUUCAUUCAGGAAGAAAAAAAAACAAAGUCACUGCUGGCACACUCAUCGGUCCUCCUGCUGUGAAUAAUUUGUACAAUCCCCUUUUAUCUGUAGAAUAGCACUUACUCUUCUUCUACAACAUGUCACACACUUAUAACAGGUUUUCUACAGGAUUUAGGUUUGAGAGGGCAAAAAAGGUUAAUUUUGUGUCUGUUGAACCGUUUCUAUGUUGUCUGGGUUAAUAUGCUGCUGAGAGACUCAUUGACUAUCUUUAAUCUUUUAAUUAAGUUUUUUGCUUGUUACAGAGUCUUGGGAGCCCCAUGAUACAAGUGGAAGUUAUACCAGAUAAAAGUGCUUAGAAAUCCUGAUUCGCAUAAAAAUGUAAAGACAGAGAAAUUUAAACUGACUUUAACUGGAUUUUAAAAGCGUCUUGUUCUUUUGGUGAGAAGUUAGGAAGAUUUACAGACAUUGAUUUGGGUAUUGUGUUUCUUAUACUACCAGUUUCUUUGUUGCAUUUAUUUUUCUUUGUAACUGGAAGAAGGCUUCCAGGUUUGAGGUCAAACCUCAAACAUUAAUUAAUGUCAACAUUAAUUAAUGUCAAUGUUGACAUUAAUUAUUCUGCAAGGUGAAUAAUUUGUUCUUGUCCCAAAAUGUCAGACAUUUACAAGCUAGAAAUGGAAGAAGUGGAAAAGCUUGAACAUCACAACGUUUUAAAGGGAGUGUUUCUGUGUAAGAGGAACUUUUAGUUUCUUAGACAUUCUUAAAGAAGCCAAAAAAAUGUUUUAUGUAGUUUUUUCUAAUUAUUUUUGCUCUUUCAUUUUUAGAAAAGAAGCUUGAGAAUUUAGUUUGUUGGUAUUUGGAGCAAAAAUCCUAGAGUGCACUUUUGUGGGAAAAAAAAACUGCCCACAUGACUUCUUUUUCUGUAUUUUUAAAUUUUGUUUCAAGUCAGACAGUCAUCUCAUCAUGUGUCAAGUCUGAAAUAAGUAAAUUUGUUGUGCCAAGUUUUCUGCUUAUAUAUGGGCAGUCAUUAUGUUUCCUCGUAGAUAGCGCUACAGGUAUUUCAGAAAAGUAUUGCCAAUUUUUUAAAAUCCCAGUUGGGAUGAUUCCUAAAAUUAACAACGUGGAUAUGAUUGAAAACUCUGACAUGUUUUAUUUUUCAGAGCUUCGAGAGUGUCCUGUUAUUGACUGUACAGUGAAGAAUAAAAAAGGGAACUUUUAUACAUUUACUCAAAUGUGCAUGUGUUAAAGUUGAAGAUUUUAUAGAAUAAAACAUACACAAAAAUCCCACACUUACAUUUCACAAGUAAAGAUUUAGUGCCUUUUAGUUUUUAGAUCAUUUUAAAUUGAAUGCAUUAUCAAUUUAGCUAUAAAGUAAGACUUUUAAUAAAUAGUCUUAAUAAUAAACAUGUAUCUUAAAAAGACA